GGGGAGACCCCAUGGCUACAGACAUCGAUGUGAUGGUGUCCCUCCUGCCCUGACGUGUGCACAGCGCUGCUGCCAGCUGUCCCCAGGAGAAAUGGCUGAGAGCGGCAGGAUGAUAGGGUUUUACAUGGACAUACUGAACAGAUACCGUCAGAAGCACAACGUGGACCUCAAGUACCAAGAACUGACAGACCAUGUUGAUGUUCAGACGCCCAGGUUUGAGAUUCAAGUGAUCAUCGAUGGCAGGGAGUUCCCCAAAGCGGAAAGCAGGACCAAGAAGGAGGCCAAGAACGAAGCGGCCAGGAUGGCUGUGGAGAUUCUUAUGACAGAGAGCGCAGAUAUCUGCCCCUACCUGGCCCAGAGGAGAUGCACGCAGGGUCUGUCCACUGGCAACCACGUGGGGCUUAUCAACACGUUUACACAGAAGAGGGGGCUGAAAGCCACUUACGAGUGCUGCGAAGGGUCCGACUCCAGGAACCGGUUCCAGUACAAGUGCAAAAUCGAAGGAAAUGUUUACGGUUUCGGAGAAGCUACCAGCAAGCAGGACGCGAAGCAAAAGGCCGCUAAAAUGGCCUAUGAGAAGCUUCUGGAAGAGCAAACCCCAAAUAGGUGUUCUGGAAGAGCAAACCCCAAUCAACCACAGAUCUCCAUGCACUCUGUGGGAACCAGCUCCUCCAGUGACGAUGGAAACCAUUCUGGGAGCCAAUUCUUGAGUUCGGGUUCGGGGAGCCAGUCCUUUGGUUCCUGUUCUGGCUCAUGUGGGAGCACCUUCUACUCGGUCUCGGAAAGUGGCUUCUCUGACAGGAAAGACCUCAGUAGCAGCUGUGACGGGUCCCCGUCCCCAUCCUCGAGGAACCACAGGGACCCCCCAGAGCUGCCAGAGGGGAGGACCCCUGACCGAAUCUCCAGGACAGCGACAUCAGACAGCCCAUACACCAAGAAUAAGAGGUUUGUGGAGGACUUCACCGACAUAGAACCCAUUGGCAAUGGAGCGUUCGGGCGGGUGUUCAAAGCUCGCCACAAGGUGGACGACAAGAUUUAUGCCAUUAAGCGCGUCAGAUACGAUGACUCGAAAGUGGAGCGUGAAGUGAAGGCGUUGGCCAAGCUUCGUCACCCGAAUAUUAUUGUCUACCAUAGUUGUUGGUGUGGGGUUGAUGAUCAUUUGGACGAAGAAGGUGACUUAAGAUCGGAGGUGGACUGCCUUUUCAUCCUGAUGGAAUAUUGUGGCAAGAACCUGGAAGAGUGGAUUUAUGGUAGAAAAGGCUGUGCCCUGGACAAGGCCUUGGCAUUGGACUUCUUUGAACAAAUAGUGACAGGUGUCAACUUCAUCCAUGAACAGAACUUCAUUCACAGAGACCUUAAGCCAUCUAACAUAUUUUUAGUGGAUGAAAAGCAAAUAAAGAUUGGAGACUUCGGACUCGUCACAAUCCUUACGAAUGACAGCAGUCGGACCACUGAAACGGGGACCCCGCUCUACAUGAGCCCAGAGCAGCAUUCGUCAAUGAAUUAUGGAAAUGGAGUCGACAUCUAUGCUUUGGGGGUAAUUUUCAUAGAGCUUACUCAAUUCUGUAAAACUCAUCAGGAAGUAAUCAAGAUGUUGGACUCGAUCAAGGAAAGGAAGUUUCCAGCUGAAUUCGACAUCAGAGAAAAAUGUCUCCUCGAGAAACUACUCUCAAAUGAUAUCAGCGAACGGCCCAGUGCUUCCAAAGUACUGAGCACUCUGAAGGAGUGGAGGAAUGCUGCCAAGAAAAUGCACAGAACAGUUUAGAGGCUUCUGGAAAAGCCCACUUCCUCCUGUAUUCGACUUUCCUUGCAAGACUUUGGCAGGGAAUGUUGAUAGAAAUCAUCGUUGUUUUUUAUUAUUCCCUUAAUAUUUCUUUUACAGAAAUGUUUGAUAUUUUUUAACUUCAAAAUAAUUCUUAGGAUUGCCUUUUCCCAGGAUUUCUCAUUAUGAAGAUAGGGGGAAAUGCCCUAACUUUAUUAUAUUUUUUCGCUAUCAGUCAAAGGAUUGAUAUUUAUUAAACGU